AUGGCCGAUUACUCCGACUUCAUUUAUCAUCAACCUCAGGCGUCUCGAACCUCAGGCUCACAAUGGCUCCCUGAAUUCGCGUCUAGUCAACUUUCCAACGCUCAAAUGCAGGACUGGAUUCGUGCUUUCCCUCGGCCGCGACCAAACCGGGUCAUGAAGCCUCGUAGUGCGGGCAACAGCCCGUCGUCGGCCGUCCGGAGACGCACUACCAUCGCUCAGAAUGUCGGAAUGCCCAACCAGUAUCAUCAGUCGGCCCUAGAGGCGGCGAUCCUUGCGUCAAACACGCACAACACUCGACCCAUCUCCUGGCAUCCUUCCUCGGCUAGGUCCCGUGGGCUCUCGAACCCGAUCUGCCUGCCUGAUUAUGCCUCGGAGAAUUUCACGAUAGCUACCAUACAAGAUCAGCCCAUGAACGGCCUACCAGCUGACAGCAUGAUGUCCUAUCCUGUCUCCGCGGGUCCAACUUUCUCCGCUGCAUACUUCCCCGAAUAUGCGGACAUGCAGGAUUCCCUGGUCUUUCAGCAACAGACACCCUCCCUUUCCGUGGCUGGCUCGCAGGUUGAGCCGAUCACUUGGGAUACUACUGCCAACACUGACUUCUCGGGAAUCGACCCAUCCACGUCCGACGGCUGGACCCUGGACAUGCUUUCAAUGGCCAACAACAUUCCUCCAGCAGAGACAACCUGCCCCAGCUAUGCCAGUGUGCCCUCGCCCGGUGAAAUGAGUGGUCCAUCGACACCGGACUUCCUUCCCAUUCAGCAGUUUGAUGACGAACCAGCAUUUACUCAAAAGAAAGCUGGCAAGCCCGAGGAAGAACUUGUUGGCAUGGGCUUGUACAGCCACCCCAGCAACGCUCUUGGCCAAGUAUACCAGGGAACACUGGGCAAGGGACUGAAGCUGGAGGAAACCUUCUCGCCAUCUGACGAUGAAAACGACGACGAGGCUGAUGCCGAGGGUGAGGUGGAUGAUGAGGUCAGCGAAUCCGGUUCGACUCAACCUCAGUUCAACCCGCAAGAGCAGCUCUCCAUGGUGCAGCACUCGAACUUCCCAGUGUCGAAAUCCUCAUCCAACCAAGCUCUUAAACUCUUGCACAAGUCCUUUUUCUUUGAUAACGACGAUUCCGAUCAACAUGUCAGAGCUCCCGUGCAGCGUUUCCCCGACUUGACCCAGCCUUGCAUACCCUAUGGUUACUAUCGGGUCUGA